AUGGCCAAUAUUCGAAAGACUCAUCCUUUAUUAAAAAUUGCAAAUGACGCCUUAGUUGAUCUCCCCGCCCCUUCAAACAUCUCAGUAUGAUGAAACUUCGGAUCCCUUCUAGGUCUUUGCUUAAUUGCUCAAAUUGUUACUGGAUUAUUCCUAGCCAUACACUACACCUCUGAUAUUAGCACAGCCUUUUCAUCAGUAGCCCAUAUUUGCCGGGAUGUGAACUACGGAUGACUUAUUCGUAAUAUGCAUGCAAACGGGGCCUCCUUUUUCUUCAUCUGUAUUUAUCUUCAUAUCGGACGGGGUCUUUACUAUGGGUCUUACCUCUAUAAAGAAACAUGAAAUGUAGGAGUGGUUCUUUUACUUUUAGUAAUAAUGACAGCCUUUGUUGGCUACGUCCUCCCCUGAGGACAAAUAUCCUUUUGAGGAGCAACAGUAAUUACUAACCUAAUAUCAGCUGUUCCCUACGUUGGUAAUGCACUGGUGCAAUGAAUUUGAGGAGGUUUUUCAGUUGAUAACGCAACCCUAACACGAUUCUUCGCAUUCCAUUUUCUUCUCCCAUUUAUUAUUGCCGCUGCAACCGUAGUUCAUUUAAUCUUCCUACAUGAAACUGGGUCUAACAACCCAACUGGUCUAAAUUCGGAUUCUGAUAAAAUCUCUUUCCACCCAUACUUUUCUUACAAAGACUUAUUAGGAUUCGCAGCACUUCUUGUAGCCCUUAUUUCAUUAGCAUUAUUUUCCCCCAACUUGCUUGGAGAUCCUGACAACUUCACCCCUGCUAAUCCGUUGGUGACUCCCCCACAUAUUAAACCAGAGUGAUAUUUCUUAUUUGCCUACGCUAUCCUUCGUUCCAUCCCAAAUAAACUAGGAGGAGUUCUUGCCUUACUAUUCUCUAUUUUAGUCCUUUUGUUGGUCCCUAUCCUUCACACCUCUAAACAACGAGGUCUCACCUUCCGGCCAUUGACCCAAUUUCUAUUCUGACUUCUAGUGGCAGAUGUUAUAAUUUUAACAUGAAUUGGAGGAAUACCUGUUGAACACCCCUUUAUUAUCAUUGGACAAAUUGCAUCCUUCUUAUAUUUCCUCUUGUUCCUAGUAUUAGCCCCGACAGCCGGCUGAAUCGAAAAUAAAGUCUUAAAAUGACAAU